UCCCGGGCUCUGCGUCGGGGAGCGCGCGCGGGGCGGCCGAGGCCGCACCUUCCUGUCCCCUCCAACGCCACCGUCCCCGCCCGCCAUCCUUCCACGUGUGUGUCCCGCGAUGCGCUGGUCCACACGCACCUGCCGCCCGCAGUCCUGCCCCACCCCCACCCCCACCCCGCCCAGCCCACCUCCCUGCCCUGCGGGGCUCAGCUGCUUGUCCGUGGCUCCCCUCCCGGUGGGGCCCACCCAGGAGUCCAUUGAGGGUCACGGACUGUGGGGCUCUCCAGAUCCUUCCCGCGUGGCACUGUGAGGAGAAGUGUCGUUUUCUCCUGUUGGAUGCGGGAGCUGCUGGGCUGUAGGAUCACCGUCAGUCCUGUGGGAUGGGCUUCUGUGCUGCGGGCUGAGGCAUCGUGGGGUUCCCGACCCAGCCGGGCGGACACGGGGCCGUUGCCUUGAUGAGCAGAACCGACCCUGAGGGAGCCGGCACGUGUGUUUCUCAUCGGUUGGGCCCUCCUGGGUCCUGGUGGUCUCCGGUCCCUGCCGAGGAGAAGACCGUUGUGGUUCCUUGGCCAGCAUUGCUGUCUUGUGGCUGAUGACUUUUCUCCUUGUCCCUCUGGUCCUCGUGCAGCUGCGUGAGGCCCUGGGAGCUCUGGGAGAUGAAGUUCGGCUGCCUGUCCUUCCGGCAGCCUUAUGCGGGUUUCAUCUUAAAUGGGGUGAAGACCCUGGAGACGCGGUGGCGGCCCGUGCUGAGCGGCCAGCGGCACCGCACCCUGGCCAUCCACAUCGCGCACAGGGACUGGGAGGACGCGGCCUGGAGGGAGCUGCUGGCCGAGAGGCUGGGGAUGAGCCCCGCGCAGAUCCAGGCCUUGCUGCAGGACGGGGAGAAGUUCGGCCGUGGAGUGAUAGCCGGGCUGGUUGACAUUGGGGACACUUUGCUGUGCCCAGAAAACUUAGGUCCCAACGAGGUUGCGGAGCUGGAGAAUCAAGCCCUGCUGCCCAACCUGCGGCAGAAGUACCUGACUGCGCUUGCCAACCCCCGCUGGCUGCUGCAGCCUGUCCCCGGGAGAGGCGGGAAGGACGUCUUCCAGGUGGACAUCCCCGAGCACCUGAUCCCCUUUGGGCAGGAGGCCUGACCAGAAUGGGCUCUCGAGAGGAAGGUGAUGGAGAGACCAGCUCAUCGUGCCACCGUCCGCUCACCUUCACGCCCUGGACGUGCACGUCUGGUUCGGUCUGAAUAGGCCCUCCCCUGGGGAGCGCUGCCCGCUCCGUGCUGUUCACGGAAGCAGACGUGCCCACCUGGUGCGGGGACGGGUUGGGACUCUCCUCCUGCGAUGCCACUCUGGGCUCAGCGAUAGAGUCUCAAGGACUUUGACCUUUAGGCAAAGAUGGCAGUGCCACUCGUUUUGGCCCUACGGAUUCUGGGUGGUUGAGAGAAAUGUGUUUUGAGGGUACCGGUUAGCGUUUUCCCCUCUUUGUCCUGGUCAGAACUCCCAGAUGUUUGGAGUGCGUCUGGGGAACGAACGAUGGGGGAAGGCUGGUGGCGGGCCUCGUGCACGCGGGAGAGGACCGCGGGCCCAGAAACAGGGCGCGGUCUGUCCUUGCAGGUGACUCUGGCCCUGUUGUAAAGUGUCCCUUGGCUCGCGAAGCGUGUGUGUUAGACGUGCUGCCCGGCCACUUCACGUCCGAAGAGAGGCUCCUAAAUACAGCUCUGACAGCAAAGUGAGAA